AUGACCAUCCUCCCAGUAUCGCAGGCAGACGUCAAUACUCUCACAUACAUCAACCUCCUGGUUAAAGGCAUCUUUCCGUUCCCCCACCCGUCCGCCGCUGUGAAAUUAGGCUGUCUGAAGAACGAGCUAGGAAUUGUCAAAUAUCGUGCGAGGUUUGACACCUCCAGCGGAAAACCCGUGGAGCUGAUGACGGAUCUCAUCGAGGUGCAGGUAGCAGAUUCGCGGAGUGAGGUGCUGUUGAAAUUGCUAGAGGCAGUGGAAGAUUAUGCUGGAAUGAGAACGUUGUUCCCGGAAGUACCCGACGAGAGAGAGAGCGAAGAAGACUACGCUGAAGAACAACGACCGGGAGAGCCCGAGGAGAAUGAAGACGAGUAG